AUGAACAAGCGCGAGGGGAAAGAUCCGUCCUGCCGAGACAAGGCCCUCAUGCAGCAGUUACGGCUGUACUCGAGACGUCAGUACAUCGUCCUCGCUGUCUUAGGAGCCAUGAUCUUUGUAAUCUGGUUCCAGAGCUAUGAGGGGACAACUGCAUCGACCAAGCCAAAGCUGCAAUCGACGACGCUGUCGGAAUUCAGGACUCCAACUUCUAUUACGAAGGACGAAAACCUGGCGAAGAAAGCGCCGGAGCUCAGGACCCCGACUGCAACCACAAAGGAUGAAAACCCGACGAAGGAAGCGCCGGAGCUCAGGACCCCGCCCGCUGUCACGAAGGAUGACCAUUUGAACGAGGAGACGCCGGAGCUGACGACCCCGCCUGUCGUCACGAAGGAUGAAAGCGUGAAGGAGACGGAGACGAAGAAGCCAGAGGGAAAAAAACAGAGGAAAGUGCCCAAAGGACCGGUCACUAGUGUCCUGCGUCCCAUGACCCCUGACCUCCCUCCGCUGAACCCGGAUGUGGCGUUCCAGAUCACGUCGUCCAGCGACGAAUUCGAUGAAUACCACGAACUGUUUCCGCAGUAUGGCAAGAACGAAUCUGGCGAGCACUAUCGCAUUGAAAACACCCGUGUGCUUGCUCAGCCGGGAAACCGCGAGACGGACUCGGUGCUGAUUGUCUGUGUCUUUAACGACGCCAGUUCGUGGGGAGAGAACCGGACCAUCGCUGAUUUUUUCGAGCUUGUUGGAUCGUUUGACUACAACAAGGAGAAAAUCUCCAUCACGUUGCUCACUUCGUCAAAUGCCGAGUUUUUGACGAUCCAGAAGCUCUUCCUCACGUACAUUCACGAGUACACGCGACUUUCCGUGAUCCUCCGCAAUGAUUUCGCCCAAGGUGGCUUGACCCGCUCGAACCGCCACCGGCCAAGUCUACAAGGCAGUCGACGACGCAUGCUUGCUCGAUACCGGAACUACGCCCUGCUCUCAACGAUGCAGUCGUGGCACCAGCACGUGGUAUGGCUGGACGCAGACACCAAGCUCAUUCCGUCGUACUUACUUGCGAAAAUGGUGCACUCGGGGCUUGAUAUUCUGACGCCCGUGUGCUACGUUGAGGUGCGUGGCACUUUAAAUAACUACGAUUUGAACGCGUGGGUGGGGGAGCGAACGGUGCGACCACCGACGCAUCGACAUGGCACCUACGUCCCUCGACCAUUGCACGUCGAGUUUCUCGAUCAGAUCGACAAGUCGAAGGGACCAUUUGCACCGAUUGAUUCUGUCGGAGGGACGAUGUUGUACGUGCGAGCAGAUGUCCAUCGACAGGGCAUUCUGUUCCCAGUCCAUUACGUUAUCGGCAGUGAAUGGGGUCGAGAAGGCUACGACGGGAUCGAGACAGAAGGUCUUUGCUACACUGCAAGCUUCCUCGGUUUCAAGUGCUGGGGGAUGAUCAAUGAGACGAUCGUACACCCGUAA